UUUUAACCGUAGCAUUAUUUUCAAGCACGGUUGCCACACUCGAAGGACACCAGGAACCUCUUCUCUCAACAGUCAAGCGAAGCAAUUAGGUCUGGUGUGGCCAUGUGACCCGGCGACACCCGGACACGAAGACUUUCUUUCAAGGCACCUUGGAGGGAGGUCUACAUCGCAGUGGUCACAGGAAGAACUGGUUACGAACAUCAGAGACUGGACUGGUCGUCUGUGCAGGACCUGCUCAUUAUCCCUCAUUACCCUCAUUAACAGAGCUGAGUAGUGACCUGUCUAUUCCCGUGCUCCCUCCAACGACAGAUCUCCGUGUGAUGUCGGCGCGAGACACGCGUGCGCGCUCUGUGCAAGUCAUUAACCAGCCAACACGCCUGUAGUGGUUUAGCCACCUGCUGAAAUCACGUGCUGGGAUUAAAUUCAGAUUUCUAUACUUACACGAACAAAGCAGACUUUCAUUGAAACUGCCGAGUCGACCAGCUUCUGACCGUCCUCCGGAGUUUCACUGAACGACGUUUCUAAAGUUCACUACAAUCUGUGAAGAACCAGUGCAGGGCAAGAUGAAUUAUCUUCACUGGUUAGACUACGUCGUCAUGGCCGCUCUGAUGAUUGUUUCCCUUGGCAUCGGGAUUUUCUUUGCUGUGUACAGGGGCGGCCAGAGAACAAAGGUGGAGUAUCUCCUAGGUAACCGUCAGAUGUCGAUGAUCCCAGUGUGUCUGUCAAUGUUCAUCACCUACCAGUCGGCCAUCGCCCUGCUUGGUGUACCUGCCGAUGUGUUUAACACUGGAACUAUGUACCUGUUCCUAGGGUGUGGUGUAGCCUUAUCUUACAUCGUGAGCCUGUUCACAGCGGUACCCCUCCUCUACCCACUGAAAAUCACCAGUGUUAAUGAGUACCUGGAGCUGAGGUUCGAUUCCAAGUGUGUCCGCCUGUUUGCAACCAUCCUCGGCAUGUUGCAGACGGUUCUGUAUAUGGCAAUGGCUCUCUUCUCGCCAGCUAUAGCCCUACAAACAGCUACUGGAUUGCCUCUGUGGGUGUCGAUUGCUAUUCUGGGUGGCAUCUGCACUUUGUAUACAGCAGUGGGAGGCAUUAAGAGCGUCGUCUGGACAGAUGUCUUCCAAACGGGCGUUUACGUCAUCGGCGUCGGCACUGUUAUCGUUAUGUGUACACUCCAUGUGGGCAGUUUGACGCAAGCAUUCCGCAUUGCCUCGGAAGGAGGAAGAAUAGAGUUCAGCGAGAUUAAUCCGGAUGUUCGCGAGCGUCACUCACUCUGGGCCACUCUUAUUGGCGGAUGCUUCACGAUGUUUUCGGGUUUCACACAGUCCAUUGCUCAACGCAUCAGUUCCUUGAAGACACUGAAAAAGGCCAAACUAGCCUUUCUUCUGAGCGCUCCCAUCAACUUGUUGAAUGAAUGCAUAUUGACUCUCAUGGGAGUCCUGCUCUACGCCUAUGUCGUCACAAUCGGGUGUGAUCCCUAUCAGGCGGGUAUCAUCGAUAGCAGAAACCAGAUGAUGCCAUACUUCGUCCCCAGUCUGCUGGGUAGUUUGCCUGGUAUGCCUGGUCUAUAUAUGUCUAUGCUGUUUAGUGGUGCACUCAGCACUCUGUCUUCCGGUAUCAACGCCUUGGGUGCCAAUACUGUGGAGGACCUCCUGGCACGACCUCUGAGAGGCUACCAUGAUGCAACUGUCACUGUCAUUGCUAAGAUAUCUGUGCUGCUGUAUGGAGGUCUCACUAUUGGUCUCGCAUACCUCGCUCGCUCCAUACGUGGUCCAGUCACACAGAUUACCAUUACGGUUGAUGGAGCCUGCAGUGGUUCGAUCAACGGCAUCUUCUUUAUGGCAGGAAUGGUUCCCUGGACAAAUAAAUAUGGCGCCAUCGGAGGUGGCCUCAUCGGCAUCGCCAUCAACCUGUGGAUAUCUGUUGGCUCCUUGCUGUACGGUGCCCCUACACUUGCCUUACCCCCGGGGCCGACACACAACUGCCCACAAAAUAACAGUUACUCUUAUUCCUUUAAUAACUUCACGACUGUAGAUAUCUCCAUGACAGAUGUGGAGAUGUCUACGGACACGAAUCCAAGCAGCAACAUCACAAACCUUUUUCACUCACGGCGGGGUGACACGUUCUUCAUUUAUGACAUUUCUUACCUGUGGCUCUCACCUAUUGGGUUUUUUGUAACCUUAAUCACUGGAAUCAUUAUCAGCUUCAUCACAGGCUCCACAAACAAGGCUACUCUCGAUCCAAAGCUGGUAUUCCCUUUUACCAGGAAGUUGUUCCGCAUGAAUGAACCUCCACAGGAGGCCGAAAAUUCCUCUGACGUCAUUGUCAUGAAGACCUACCAAAACCCGGCAGAGAAAUGUAUCGGAAGUACUGACACCAUGGAUGAGGAUCAUCUCAGUGUCCAGCCCUUGAUGUAGAUAGUGCUGUAAUUUGUCUAUGCACCGAAAUAACACAAGAGACUUCAUUGUUGUUAUAUUAAUUGCUUUUCGUUGAUUCUGUAUAGGGUUCUUAUAGCCUUAAGAUCUUAUAAAUCAAUAUGCAAAAUUUCAAUUUAUAAAGAAACUUAUACAUGUUCCCCAUACCCUUGUGAUCUCACAAAAAUUCUAUAUUAUAGUUACAUUCACCUUUUCUCAUAAGUAACAUUACUCUGUCUUCCAGGCAGGUAAUACACACAGAUGUCUGCACAUGUCCAUCCCUAGUAGCACAUUUCUAUUACUUCAGCUGUCUGACCUGCGAUUAAGCUAAUGAGGGUCAAUAACUACUCAGAAAACUGAAUAGACACACAUACUAUUUAACUUACAUAUAUAUACACUGCUACAUUUAAGAUAGUCAUAUCAACAUAAAGUAUCUAUUGUACAGAAAAUAUAAACUAUUCUCUGCUAUAUUUUCCUUUAAUAGAAUCUCAUAACGACAGAUAAAUUGAUUAUGCUGUUCUAUGACAUUGGUUUUUUAACAAACUGGACAACCUGGGUGAGCUGCUAUAGAUGGAUCAAACCAUCGUUAUUGGCAUUAAGGCCUACAGUUCUUGUUCAUAGUCUAGCCAAGGUGCUUCUCUAAAAGAAAAGUAAUGAUAAAUGAACAUUAGGGUAUUUGGUUUACUGGUUAACUAUGCAGUUUGAAAAUACCCUAUGACCACUACAAAGAUUUUAGAUCAAGUGUCUA